CGCGUCUCUAUUGACUCUUUCUUCAGUGUCUUGCUUGAAUGUGACAUGGCGUCCAUCAAGAUAUAUCACGGCCUCUUGUAAAACUGUUUUCAUGACAGUGGUCUCUUUUUGCAUUUUAUUACUGAGGCCGUAAUAAAUCGUACAUUUGCAUUGAUGGUAAUGCAUGCAAGGAAACCUCAGCGAAUAAGCGAUGGGUACUUUGAGAAGCACCAGACCCAUCCGUAUCAGAAAUAUUCCAAUUCAAAGAGUGAGAGACGGGCUACUGGUGAAUAUGUUUCUUCUGACAACCGGUACACACCGCUCCGAUCCCCCAAUGGCAAUGUGUCAUCACAUGGGCACACUGCACACACUGGUCACUCGGGGCAUGGCCACCAUCACUACAGUCAUGUGGCAGAUGACAGAGGAUAUGCGACAUCUAGGAAUUCUUACCUGCCAAAAGGUUCAGAAAAGGAGAGAGAUAGAGACUACAAAUCCUCUAGAAAUAAGUACACAGUUUCAGAUGGUGUCAGAUCACCAAAGGAGAAACGUAGCAAAGAUAGUGAAAGGGAGAGAAGUAAUCAUGAACGAACUGACUCUGAUAAAAAGAGUAGGACUAGUGGCAUGAACAUUAGUGUUAGUAGGAGUAGUAAAUAUGACAAGAGAAGUGCCCCUUCAUCUAGCGCGCCCUCUGGUAGUGAGUGGUCAGAACAUAUUAGUUCAUCUGGAAAAAUUUAUUACUACAACUGUAUUAGUGAGGUGUCACAGUGGGAGAAGCCUAGGGAAUGGGAUUCAAGAAGGACAUCAUCCAAAGAUUCUACAUAUUCAUCCAGAAGUAAUCAAGAUAAAAGAUCAAGUUCCCGGUCAGGGAGAAGAGAAUCAGAAAAACCUAGUAAAAGAACAAAUAGCACAUCAGAUAGGUAUUGGAACAAUAGUGGCAGAGAGGAAGAUGGACAUGAUCGGACAAGAUCAAAACAUUCAAUGGCAACACAUGAGGGCAAAGAUGGCCAGUCACUUCAGGAUAUGGACAUAUCUCCAGACAGGAGUACACCACUUUCUGAAAAUUCUUAUGGUGUUAGAGAAGCAAAUUCUACAGCUCGCAACAAUUCUGAGAGCAAUACAGUUCCUCCAGUGGUUGUGUUGGAUAACUCAAAUCAAACGAGUGGUUCGCUGCUGGCCGCAGCGCUGCCUCGCAUCGUGGCACCGCCAGCGACCACGGCGAACGUGCCGAGCGGACCGAGCGUGCCGGUGACGGCGCCGAAUGUUGCGAACAACGGCGGCACGUCCCCGGCAGCGGACGCCAGCAGCGGCAACGACACGCCGCACCGCGACGCCGGCCCGCCCACGCCCACACACUCGGAGAAUACGGACCCCCAUGCGCCCCCGCUCCACCUCGAUACAGCUCUACCUAGAAAAAUGGAAUGCCUGGGUAGUUACUCGUCGGUGGUGGGCGGCACGCUGCAUCACGCCCCGCCGAUGCUGACGCCGUCGCUGGUGAACUACGUGCGGUCGGACCUCACCGCACACGUCACUGGCUGGCCAGCAGACAUACUUGAAAAACAGGCCAAUAAAUUCACGGAAGAGGCAUACCAGUUGGGAUGUCUCCAGUGCACCCGAGUGUCUGCUGAGCUGAAGUGCUCGCGAUCGUUGGUCCGCCACACGGAGAUACAGGCCACCUUACAGGAACAGAAAAUAAUGUACCUGCGACAGCAGAUCUCGCGGCUGGAGGAGCUCAAGUCGCAGAACUCGUUCAUGUCGGAGGACUAGGAUCCGAGAGGGGGGUGAGGGCCGCUGCACCUGCGCACCGCAAGCCCUGCACCUCCAGCGUAAGCGCGCUGCAUUUCCCACCCUCACGAGGGCAGUUUCACCCAUCAAUGCUAUACGUUGUUCAUUCCGUUCUUUUUCUAUGUAAUUUAGAUCGAAUGAUUACUGCUGUGUUGUGUGAUUUGAUGUUAAAUUUUAAGCAUGUGUCAUUUGCCAGAAUUUGUCACUUUGAAUUAUGUAUUUGUAUCGGUCUAUUUUUCAUAUUUCGUUUUACCAAAUUUAUUACAUAAACAAUUUGUAAGUUAUUUUGUACAUGAUUAUAGUUUGUGAGGAUAACUAUUAGGCUCAGCGCCGAUUAAACGUAGUUUAAGAAUAGCGAUAAAGCCACUGACAUCGAACUUUAAGGCUGAAGUCUGCCUGCACGAAACUGAGCAGAGUGGAGAUUUUUAUCAAACAAUUAAUAGUAUUUUAUUAUUUUAGUAUCUCUGCUCUGUUUAACUUCAGUGGAUAGCGUAAGGCGGAAAUGAGCGCAGAUUUAUCAUAUAAGACUUGUUGCAGCCAUGCUGCGCCUCUCGGACCUAUUUUAAGCGCAGGCGUGUGUAAUCAUUUGCGUGUCGUUUGCGAUCGACGCCUAGGCUGAUAAACACUAGUAUUAACUAAAGACCCUACUUAAUUUGACUGUUUGGCGGUGCCCUUGAGCAGCCAAACUUUAUUAUGUGUAUUUUGUUGUCUGUAGAAUUUUAUUGGAUGGACUCUGUACGCGACCCCGCUCAUCUCCGCUUAUAAACGUUUUGAUUAAUCGUCUACAACUGCACAAAAUUUACAAAAGUUGGAAAAAGACUUUCAGAGCCCCUGAAUUUAUCGCUGUUACUUGUAUUGUAAGCUAUGUUGCUAUUACUUGCUUGUCGCGAAUUUGAUAGCAAAAUAGAUGGUUAUAGUCGGCGCUGAGGCUGACUGCAGUGAGCUGUAGGCGAGUCUCUGGUGUCGACAACUCGGCGUCGCGCCGUUACGUGGCUCAGCAACUCAUGUUGCGCCGCAAAUGUUGACGCUGAGAAGAAGGCUCUUGGAGUUCCUUCUCUUUCGUAAAUAUAUUUUAUCUUCUAAUUAAUAAUGCAUGUUUGUGUUUAAACUUCAAAUGCAAAAGGGGCUUAACAUCUUUUUCUACUCAGUUGAGACAGUUUAUUAAGAUAAUAAUGUUCAUCGGUCAGUUUUAAGGGUAAAAUGUUUGUAAUGUGUUUAUUAUGGAGAAUUAAAUUAUUCAACUAAUACUUUGGUAGAAAACUAUUGUUUUCACUAGUUCUUAUAUUAGGCAUUACAUAAAAACAGUUGUAGGAAAGGAACCAUUAGUACGAGUAAAUCACAUUUACUAUUGCUCUCAUUUUUCAUAUACAACAGGGAAGAUAAUCUAUCGCUACAAAUAUUCAUUUUUGACCAAUCGAUGUAUAAAGUUUGUAAAGAUCCAGGUAUUUUGUAAUAAUAAUUAUUAUAGUAACCAGAAAUUCUUGUAGCAAUAUUAGUUGAUUUUUAUUGGAAAAUCAUAUAAGCUUAAAUAAUCUUUGAUCACAAUAUUUUGCGUCCUUUGUGAUUUGAGAAGUGCAACAGAAAGAAGCGAAUCCCGAGCGAAGUCGUGUUCGUGUAAUGAGUAAAAUAGCAAAUCAUUAGUUAGGAAAAACCAACUCCGGUCUAGGUCUUUUUAUUUUUCUAAUAAUUUAGGGAUAAUGUAAAUUUAAUUGAACUGCAAGAAUUGGACACCAAUUGUAUAAUAUUAUGUACCUACAUCAAAUUAACAGAAGUAAGUACUGUGAUAUUCAUUCACUUUCACACAUAUUAAAUAAUAAUAAUAAUAUGUAUGUGGGUCUGUGUGGAGAUAAUCUAAUUUUGUAAUUAUUUAGGUGCACGCUGUUUAUAUAGAUCACUUAAUUUAUAUAAUUUGGAGAGCAGUUGACGCCGGCGGCACGCUGGUUAGAAUAUUUCGUUUCAUACACAUAGAACUUUGUAGAAAAAUUGGUUUGGAUUUCAUCACACCUGACUCAACUAACUAUAAAACAACUAAUUAAAAAAAAUACCACGAAGCAACUUAUAUAAAUUAGUUUUACAUAGUUUUACACAAUGUAGAUGAGGACAGGCCGUAUCUUAAAUAAAAUAAUUCCCUUGGUCAACAGCCCAUGAGGAAUUAAAAAUAAUACUUACGAUGUUUUGCUGCGUCUGUACUUUAUUAAUUCACCUUUGUUCAUUAUUAGUAGCGGAGCGGUAGCUCGAAGUUCAUAGCCGGUUCUAUACCUUUUCGCAGAAAAAUAUUUCGCUAAUUUUAACCUCGCAAACAAUUAUAUUUAUUAGUUCAUCAACUUCCAUCAUCCUGGAACAUUCUUAAUAGGCGUUAUAUUAAUUAUGUUUGGGCAUCGUAUGUUAGGAUGGGCAGCGUAAUAAAAAUUAAUAUCCAUACUGAUAAUCUGUCUGUCAAUUUAGUUGGGGAAUAAAACAGACAGCAAGCAUUUUUACGCUAAACUUUGGUUGCCAAACAAAACAUUUUUAGGGUAAUUAAUAUUUUUGUAUAGUUGAUAGUUCGGCGAAAAGGCUAACAUCGCCUCAUCUCCAAGGGAUAGUAUAAAAUACACUAAAGCACUCACACUUAAUGAAAUUUGGUUAGCAAGUAGUAAUUAAAUUUAUAUUGGCUUGCGUAUUUUGUAUGUUUAUUGUAUAUUUAUUUCCAUAAUAUUAAAUAUUAUUUUUAUUAUCUUACGCGUGGUAGUUUAAUUAAUUACUAACUGGAAGUUGUCGUAAUUGUCCAUUUUUAUUUUAGUU